AUGGACAACGCCACGUACAACAGCCUCAUCCUGCAGCUCGAGGGAAUCAAGGUCACCAAGACGAGCAGGUACCCCGUCUUUGUCGCUCUGCUCCUCGUCUACAUCUUCAUCUUUGUCGCCAACCUAGGCAUCAUGGUGCUGAUCUGGAUGGACAGAAGCCUGCACCAGCCCAUGUACCUGCUCUUUUGUAACCUGUCCGUCAACGACGUCAUGGGGAACUCGCUCCUGGUUCCCCGGGUCCUGGCCGACGUCCUGGCGCCGCCGUCAGAGCGCUUCAUUCACUACUAUGAGUGUCUGAUGCAGGCGUUCACCGCGCACAUGUCCGGCACCAACGCCCACACCGUGCUCAUGAUCAUGGCCUUCGACAGGUACUUGGCCAUCUGUGAGCCGCUGCGCUACGCCGCCAUCAUGACGGACCGGAUGGUGAUCAAGCUGACGGUGUCCGCGUGGGGCGUGGCCUUCGCGCUGGUGGUGGUUCUGCUGAGUCUGACCGCGCGGCUGAACCGAUGCCGGACGCUGGUCACGAACGCGUUCUGCGACAACGCCUCGCUCUUCAAACUCUCCUGUGAGAGCUCCCUCGUCAACAACGUGUACGGCCUGACCUUCACCGUGCUGCUGUUCUCCUCCUCCAUCGGCUCCGUCGUCCUCACGUACGCCAAGGUCACGGUUGCGUGCCUGCGCGGCAAGAGUGCGUCGCUGAACGGCCGAGCACUGAAGACGUGCGGCACGCACCUGUGCCUCUACCUGCUCAUGCUGCUCAGUGGGAUGGUGAGCAUCGCGCUGCACCGCUUCCCCCAGCAUGAUGAGUACAGGAAGAUCUCGGCCAUCCUCUUCAACGUGGUCCCCGGCAGCCUGAAUCCCGUCAUCUACGGCCUGCAGUCACAUGAAAUACACAGGUGCUUGUCCAACGUGUUCCGGCGCCGGAGAGCUCAUCUGGCCCUUUAAACGUCCACACCUGACGUCGCCACAGUGACGGUUUAUAUUUGACCUCUGGUGUUUUGACCAUAUAUAAAUCUAUAUAUAUCUAUAUCUAUAUCUAUUUAUAUUUAUAUUUAUAUCUUUUAUUGCUUAUGAGAUUCAUUCGUCCACAGACAAACAGUGAGGUUUUGGUUGUG